AUGUGCUGCCCUGACUUCAUCUGCGCCAGAAUGUUACCUCAGCCUCAGUCUCUAGCCUCCGGCUGUGUUUCGUCGGUUCAGGGUAUAAGUUGCUGCCGCGCCCUUCGCGAGGGUCCGCGCCUGAUCCAGGAGCCUCCGCCGUACCUCACCUUCCCCAACACCCGCGGCGCUGCCCUCACCUGCACGGCCUCAGCGACGCCCACGCCCACCAUCACCUGGGUGACGGACGACGGGUCCCACGUGGACCCGGUGGCCGGGCUGAGGAGCGUGAGCGGCGCCCGAGGGAACUCCACUCUGACGCUGAUGCCGUUCCGCCCGGACCAGUAUCGCCACGACCUCCAUGCAGCCACGUACAGGUGUUUAGCCACGAACAGCGUGGGGACAGUCACCUCCCGUCCCGUGUCCGUCACUGCAGUGGUGAUGCAGAGGUUCGAAGUGGGAGUGACCGACGCUGCAGGAGAGGUGGGCGGACCAGCUGUGUUCACGUGCGACGUCCCGCCCACGGUGGCCAGCUACGUGACUGUUACGUCGUGGUCGGUGGACGGGCGCACGAUCCGACCCGGAAGCAGGCCAGAGGGCCGUUACUGGGUACUGCCAACGGGUGAGCUGAUCGUGCGCGGCAUCAUGGCCACAGACUCCUACACCCGCGUCUUCUGCACCGCCACCCACAAGUUCGACAUCGCCCCGCACUCGUCCAACCCCGCGAGGGUCAUCGUUACAGGCGAGACAAUGCUAAGUCGACCUCAGCUGCUCCUCCGCCGGGACAUAGUUCGACCGUGGACGAGAGAGGACAUCCUACUGCCUUGCGUUGCUCGAGGACACCCUUUGCCCAGUAUUAGGUGGUAUUACGAGGACGAGGCUCGAGGGCGUGUGGACGUGACCGAGAGCGGAGGGCGUGUUCGGGUGGUCGAGGGGCAGCUCUUCCUGUCCGGAGUCACCACACAGGAGGCCGGCCACUACCUGUGCAUCGCAAAUAAUUCCGCUGGCACCGACUCCUAUAGAGUCAACGUGCAGGUGCGGGACCGCCUCAGCUCCUCCGUCGAGCCGAGCCUGCAGAGAGUUGACCUCGGACGACCCACCAGCCUGACCUGCCGAGUGUCCGGCUCGCCAGUGACCUCUGUGACCUGGUACAAGGACGGACGCCCCCUGCCCCGCCUCCCCCGGGUUACGACGUACGACAGGACUGUGCAUAUCGGGCAGGUUGCCCGCGAGGACGGAGGCAUGUACCAGUGCCUGCGAAAUGACGAGGACUCCACCCAGGCGGCGGCCCAACUGGACCUAGGCGACUCAGCGCCUGUGCUGGAAUAUCGCUUCAUCAGCCAGACGCUUCAGCCGGGCCCCUCAGUGAGCUUAAAGUGCAUCGCGUCAGGGGCACCAACCCCUCACGUCUCCUGGGCGCUCGACGGCUUCCCUCUGCCGCAGCUGGACAGGCUGGUUGUGGGGCAGUACGUGGGCGUGGGCGGUUCGGUGGUCAGCCACGUGAACAUCACCAGCGUGCGGGCGGAAGACGGCGGCGCCUACACCUGCACAGCGACGAACAGGGCUGGCACUGUCUCCCACCAAGCGCGACUCAACGUGUAUGGACCCGCGUACGUUCGGGCCAUGUCGGUGGUGACAGCUGUAGCGGGCGAAGAGCUGGUCGUGUCAUGCCCGGCUGCCGGUUAUCCCUUGGCUCAGCUCACGUGGUCCAAAGACGGACGCACGCUGCCGGUGAUGGCGCGGCAGAAGGUGUACGAGAACGGCACGCUGGUGGUGAGUCGCGUGGAGAAGAGUCGCGACGGCGGUUCGUACACCCGUACGGACGUCCCAACAAGAUGGCGACGUGCUAGAAGGGAAAAUGCCAACUUCAGAAAUCUCCCUCUUUGGUGGAAUCUAAUUUUAAGAGCAAAAGAAGACAUCUCGUUGGUUCGGAAUAGUUUGAAUUUAGCGGCCAUUAAGUUGUAUGACUGCAGCUUGGCCAGCAGCAUCACUGACCCAUAUUAUUUUCAUCUCCCACAACUGACUUACAGUGGUUGA